CCAGCUCCCUCGGGUCCCUUGUACUAUGAAUAAUGAAUGAGCUGCCUGGUUGGGGCAGAGGCAGGGUCACUGCACGGACAAGGAAGUACAGAGGAAAUCUCAAGCUCCGUUUGCAAUAACAGGCUAGAAUUUGGGGGUGGGGGAGUUGUGUGUUUGCUUCCCCGGUUCUUCUGUCUUCUUUUUAACAGUCUCCUAUUAAGUCCCACCCACCCUCUCUAUCUCUUUGGAAAACGGAAUUUUACAGAGAGAGAGAGAGAGAGCCUCACCCUGCUGCUGCGGCCAGAACAGGACCUGGGGAAGCCAAUCACCAAAAGCUGAAUAAAGCAGCCGAGGCAAAAAAAACCCACCUGGAUACUGAGACUGCCAUCUGUUCCUUUCCCUUUCCAGGUCCAGGGGCUCUCCCAGGAUGGCUCUGGAAGCCUGGGAGCAGGGCAGGGAGGUAGGUUAGGCAAAACAGGAAGUCUGUGCUUUGGGGCUCAGGGUGAGGGCCAGGCUUCCCGAGGAAAGGAAAGUGAAAGCAAAGUGAAAGCAUUGAACGGACUGUGCAGAGCUGAAGAUGCUGCACCCGAGGGAUCGAUAGAGGCAGACUUUGUUGUCAGUGUUCCCAGAAAGGACAGAGGCAGUGAACAUCUCAUCAAUAGCCAUCUUAGGCGGGCCUGAGAAGAUGGCAAGUGGAGGCAGCGACCUCAGCUGCAGAACUUUCACAGGCUACCAGAACCCAGAGGAACAGAGCUCAGAUGAGCAGUUUUUUAAUGAGCUGAUUUUCAGGUUCUUCAGAGAAAAUAAGGUGGACAUUUCAAGUGUAAUAACACAGCCCUUUCCUUUCCUUAUGGGCCUCCGGGACCGGAGCUUCAUCCCUGAGCAGAUGUAUGAACACUUUCUGGAAGCAUGCAGAAAUCUAGUCCCGGUGGAGAGAGUGAUGUAUGAUGUUCUCAGUGAACUGGAGAAGAAAUUUGACCGGACAGUUCUGGAAGCUCUAUUCAGCAGCAUUAACCUGAAGGCCUAUCCUGACUUACAUCAGAUUUUCAGAGACUUCAAAAAAAUGAUUCUUGAAAACUUCAACUACCAAAUCACGAAUGAAGGAGAGACAAAGGACAUGAUCAACUUACAGUUGGGCCGUGAACAAGUGCCCCUGGAACGUGCAUCUCUCCAAAUGAAUAAUAUAAGAGGGUUAGAAGAUACACCCAGAUUACAGCCACGUGACAGACAAGGGGUCAGCAAUGCCCUGUUGGAGACCAGUGCUGGAGAACAGACCCUGGAAACCUUGAGAUCCCCACAAAGAUAUUGGCCAGUGUCCUGCAACCCCGCAGCUCUACCACGUGGUAAAAGAGGAAAAUCAGAAGAAACGCUCGGGUGGCUCCCUUAUAAUAAAGAAGUGACCUGUGAUUCCAAAGCUCCUCAAAUAACUCACCAGGGAGAAUCCAAGGAGGGGCUCAGCCUAUCACCAGCAAAGGGAGUAGAGGACAGCAGUACCUGUUGGGAGACCUGCAACGAAGAAGAGCCCCAGGAGGCCUCAAACUCCCCACCAAGACAUGGCCCAGUAUCUGACAAGCCAGAAGAUUUCCAAAUGAAUACAGAAGGAGAUUUAGAAGAGUUUGCUUCUAGCCCACUCUCCUCUAAAGGACAAGGAGCAGAGCUACCAGCAAAUGGAAGUGAGAAGUGUUCCUGUGUUAUGUGCUUUUCAAAAGAUGUGCCAGUAGAUCCAGAAGCAAGGAACCAAGCUAGUGGCGUGAUGGCUCUUGUGGAUAGUAGAAACACCUCCACUUUGGGAAAACUCAAGAGGAAAAGAAGAAAAAAGAAAAGGCAUUCCUGGACAAAAAUAAAAGGGGGAAAGUGGAGAAACAGCUAUCAAAAACAGAAGCAGCGAGACCCCGACAACAGCACUGCUGCUGGCCAGCUGGUCGUGAAAAGAAAGAGGGUGAAAAUGCAUCUGGAGGACCCUGCCAAGAUUAAGGGGAAAAAAAGAGCCAGACCUAAACUCUACUUUACUCAGAGUGACAGAGCCACACAGAAAAGAGUUAAGAAAAGAGGGUCCAGAAAGUACAGAGGUAAUAAUGUGGAUUUUCAAGCUCAAAUACUUCCUGUGACCUGUGGUGAGGUGAAGGGGAGGUUACAUAAGAAGAAACUGAAAAAAGGAGUCUCGAUGAAGUGUAUAAAGGGUAAGAAUGGAGAGUGGUUCACCCCCAGGGAAUUUGAAGUCCACGGAGGCUACACUAGAGCAAAGAACUGGAAGCUGAGUAUCCGCUGUGGUGGGAGAAACCUACGAUGGCUGAUAGAGAAAGGAUAUCUGCUCAAGCCUCCAAGGAAAUAUCCCAGGAAAAGAAAGAUGAUCCCAAAGUCUCAUGAUAAUACCUUAGUUGACCCUUAUCUGGGAAACUCAGAUGUGUGUGAGGUAUGCCGACGUGAAGGAAAGCUGUUUUGCUGUGAUACUUGUUCGAGAUCUUUCCAUGAGGACUGCCACAUCCCACCUGUGGAAACUGAGAGGACCCCGUGGAGUUGCACCUUCUGCAGCAUGAAGGAGAUUUCAGAAAGCCAGCCCUGUCUCAGAGAAUCGGAGGUCCUGGCCAGGCAGAUGUGGCCUGAGGAGCAGCUGAAAUGUGAGUUCCUCCUCUUGAAGGUCUAUUGCCAUUCGGAGAGCUCCUUUUUUGCGAAGAUUCCGUAUUAUUAUUAUAUUAAAGAGCUUUCUGAAAACCUAAAGGAACCCAUGUGGUUGGACAGAAUCAAAAAGAGGCUGUAUGAGCGGAGGUACCGUCGCGUGGAGGGGUUCGUGCAGGACAUGCGCCUCAUCUUUCAGAACCACAGGGCGUCUUACAAGUUCAGAGACUUUGGUCUAAUGGGACUUAGACUGGAGGCAGAAUUUGAAAAGAAUAUCAAGGAAGUGUUUGCUAUCCAAGAAACAAAUGAGAGCAGUUCACCGGCAUGAUGGACGGUGUUGGCAUCCUGGAAAAACCUCUUUUUAAGCACAUUUCUCACCCCAAGCUGCUAUGAUCAUUGGCUGCUGACACCACCCCUCCCCAGAGCAUUGUAUUCACUAUGCAUGGAGCCACCUUCACAGGGGGUUGGGGGGGUGGUAUGUUUCCUUGGCCUGGGGGCAGACCUCCAGUCCCAAGGUGGACCCACCUCUGUACUGCAAUUCUGUGCUUCCCAAGGGAUCAGGCUGGAGCUAGUCUGCAGCUAUGACCACAUCUUGCUUUGCUCUUCCCACAACACUGUCCCUCUUCCCUCACCCCUUUCUCCCAAAGAAACUCACAAUAAAUGACUUAAGAGCCUUCA